AUGGCCCUGAACAUGGAUUUCAGUGCACUGAAGGCCCGGACCUUGGGGUCCGGUGCUGAUGAAGAAGCAGUGACGGUUGAUACUCGGGGCCUGAUCUCGAAAGUUCUCGCUCGAUACUCUGGAAAAUGGACCGUCCUGCGUGAAAUGAUCCAGAACGCCGCCGAUGCUUCCGCAACCAAAGUGACCAUCAAAUUCGAGACUCUACCCUCCUUAACAGUACCAUCUCCAUCCUCGACAGAUCCUACAGACCUUUUGAAACACACGAUAUCCAACCAUACCCUUCGUCGGCUCUUGAUUUCAAACAACGGUCUCCCGUUUAGUGAAAAGGACUGGGCCCGGUUGAAGCGUAUCGCCGAUGGAAACCCGGAUGAAACAAAGAUUGGUGCUUUCGGUGUUGGCUUCUACAGUGUAUUUGAUGACUGUGAAGAACCAUUUGUCUCUUCGGGUAGUCAGGCUAUGGCCUUUUAUUGGAAAGGCAACGCACUGUUCACCCGUCGUUUGGACCUGGGUGAAACCCCGUCCCGAGACACAACCUUUGUGUUGGACUACCGCAAUGAUUCUUCUCCAGUUCCAUCCUUGAUGCAGCUGUGUCAGUUCUUGUCGAGUAGUCUGACAUUUGUUGCCUUGGAAGAGAUCGAGCUGUGGAUAGAUGAUUGGAACUUGAUUAAGCUGUCAAAGAAGACAGCACCAGGCGUCAAUGUUCCAAUUCCCAGGGACGUUGAAACAAAGACAACCGAAGGCCUGAUGAAGGUAACCAGCAUUACCCAAGAGGUUGCACAAGUUGAUGCGGCCUGGAUGCGAAUUGUGGAGUGGAAUCCCAAUGCAAGCAUGUUCCGUUUGGACAACCUGCGAGAUACCACGAGCUCCCUCCGCAGCUUCUUCUCCAAGUUUACUGGCCAAACAGGGCCCGAGAAGCCCGCAAAUACCCAGCAAGUGGAAAAAGUUGACGAAACGGCCAACAUGACUGUAAUGCUGAAGGCUACUGUCUUUCUACACAUCAACACUGCGUCCAUCCAACCCUCGAUCAGCACUGCUCUCAGCAAAGAGCUUGAACGGGCUACACGGAAGCCGCCUCCAAAGAGAGCAACUAUCGCUAUUUUGACACCGUCUUACGAUGCCAAUAUCGCAACGGGCGCAUCUGAGUCGCAGUCAGAGAUUCUUGCUUCCAUUCUACCCACAAAGGCAGGCAGGAUAUUCAUCGGUUUCCCCACUCAACAAACCACUGGCCUCAACGCUCAUGUAUCGGCGCCAUCGGUCAUUCCUACCGUGGAGCGUGAAAGCAUUGACCUCAACACUCGUUAUAUCAGCAAGUGGAAUCUUGAGAUGCUUCGGGCAGUCGGCAUUGUCUGUCGAAUUGCCUGGUCUGCUGAAAUGAGCACUAUCAAAUCCAAACUUGCUGCCAAAGUUGGCUCCACGCGCGCUUCGAAGAUUCGCAAAGAGGACAUUGUGGACGUUCUGCCCGAAGCUAUCCACACUGCCAACCAGUUUGUCUUCCGCGAGUCUACGCCAUCUUCUGUUCUCGGACAGACAAUCGAGGACGCAUUUUGGAUGUGCAACAAAAAUGCCUCUAUCGAAGUACUUUCUACAUGCGGUGUCAUCCCCAGUCAUCAAACUCGCAUUGCCCCCAAGGAUCUCAGCUUCAUGGAUUCAAUUCCAGCAUUGCCGGAGGAGCUUGUACUGAAUGCCAAGGACUUUGUGCAAAGGUUGACAGACUUUGGAUUGGUGACAGAAAUCACUGUUUCUGAUAUCAAACGGGAAUUAGAGUCAAACACAUUACGACCCAAUCAGAUUAUGGAGUUUUUGUCAUGGCUCAGUCGCAAGGCUGUAAGUGGACAACUCGACAGCAUGUCCGUGAAGAGUCUACUGCGAGUUGCGGUCGCAAAUGAUGAAGACAAAGACAGCAAUCCUACACGGUUGAUCGUGUUUGCCGAUAUUGCCGGAUUCUUGAACCCUCAUCGCAUUCCCGCUGAUCUGCCCGUGCCUCCCUCAGUGAUGCCAUUCCGGUUCACCAAAUCCCUGAGUAAAUCGGAGCUCGAGGCGUUGGGCUGGGGGGAGCUGUCCCUUGUGCCCUGGAUUCGAUGGCUUGUCACGAAUGCUGGCGACGAGAAUCUUCUUGGAAAGGAGCAAAACAUAUUGACAAGCCCUGCAUUUGCUGGACAGGUCUUGCCUGUGUUGUCCAAGGGGUGGGAAAUCCUCGGCUCUGUUUCAAGGCAGGCAGUUAUCGAGAUUCUGCAGCCGCAGACUGUGAUUCCCACUAGACUCGGCAUGAAACAGCCAACGCAGACAUAUUUUGCGUCAGUUCGACUAUUUGAUGACCUGCCGGUCGUGCACGGACUGAAUGGUGUCAAAGAGAAAUUCUUGGUAUCUCUUGGAGUUCGCAAGACCGUUGAACUUGGUGUUAUUUUCGAUCGCUUAAUCAAUACCCCUGAAGCUGUGGACGCAAAAGGACCUCCAGCUAGGAGAUGGAACCAUGUCGAUCUCAUUCGCUACCUCACCUCUGUGCGCGAAGACAUUCCCGCCAAUGAUAUCCAAAGACUCAAGAACACAAGCAUCUGCACUGCUGAAAACGAUGCUCAGAGUCGAGGCACUCGCUACAAGAUCGCCGAGUUGUAUGAGCCAAAGGACUCUCUCCGUGCACUGGGCCUACCUAUCAUAGAAUGGCCGGGUAUCUAUAACAACGCAAGCAAUGAGGGCAAGUUCCUCACCAUGAUGGGCCUGAAGAGCUAUCCAUCUGGGUCUGAACUCAUCCGACUCAUGGUGAUGAGUGAUUCCGAGAAGGACGCCAGUCGAAAGAGCAAGGCAUUGGCUUACUUCCUCAAUGAAUACCACGCGAAUGGAUAUGCUGCGUUUGAUAUCAGUGCAGUGACAGUUCCGUUUCUCCCAGUUGAAGGCUCAGACAACCUCAGCACGCCGAAGAGAUGUUUCACCGACGAGGGUGCAUCUUUGUUUGGCUUCAACAUUCUACAAAAGCGUCUCCAUCCACAUGCUUCCAAAUUGGGAGUCAAGCCUCAUCCUCCCAUGUCGGAUUGUCUUCAGACACUCAUUCGCCAGCCUCCUACCACUCAAAGGGAUGCUCGAACGAUUUUCAAAUACCUGGCAGGCAGAGUUUCUGACUUGAGUCCCCAAGAUGUCGAACGAGUUGGCAACGCACCCAUCAUUCCUGUUCCUGUAAACCCGAUGUCAGAGAAAGGUCCUCGAACUCGUCUCGUUGCACCCCGACUUUGCUAUCUUGGUGACGGAGAAGACUACAAAAACAUCUUCGAUUUUGUGGACUUUGGACCAGAAGCUAAUCUCUUCCUCAUGGCCGCGGGCUCGAGGAGAGAGCCUACCAAGAACGAGAUUGCUCGUAUGCUGGUGAAGGAACCCGCUCGUAUUUCUGCUGCAUUCCAAAGCUCUGAUAAGUAUUUGAUGCUUCUGCGGACUUUGGCUGAGCAUCUCUCCGUGCUUAAGAAGGACCGAGAGCUUUUCAGUGAUAUGAAGAAGGCGAAGUUCCUGCUAGCCAGUCGUGACAUUCCACCUCAGGCUACAGCUCAAGAUGGCAAAGUCAAGGCUAGUGAGAAAGACAAUGCAGACCCCGAGGAAGAUUUGGAUAUCAGGGAAUGGAGUCUCUCAGCCGCGAAAGAUAUCGUCGUGGUGGAUGACUUCCAGAGCUUCAAUCUUUUCAAAGAGCAUAUCUUUGCCGCGCCACAGGAAGAAGCUUUGGAGAACUUCUAUGUGGCUUUGGGUGCCAUUCCCUUGAGCAGUCUUGUUGAGGAACAAGCACGAUUCGGUGGUGUAGCCGCUGAUCAGAGCUCUGGCGCCAAGUUGCACAAGGUGAUCCUCGAGCGUGCACGCCUAUUCCUGCACGACCAACCUGCCGACUCGAUUCAGCAUGGAGCCAGAUGGUUGGAGACCAGUUUUGUGGUGCAAGUGGUUAAUUCGAUCACGCUGACCCGUUCAUUGAAGGGUCGAAGGGCAUCUCAUACCCAGAAGCGAAGUGCCAUCGUGGCACGAUUGUCUAGCAACUGGGGAUUGUGCAUUUGCCCGGGCAAAUAUGAUCUUUACGAGAUCAGUCAAUCGCUUGUACAUUUGAUUCUCAAGCGGCCAAAGCUGCACUCCACCCUGACCCUGGAGAUGCUGUUGAAGACCGAUCUUCUGGAGCUGCGUGCUCGUGGUUACAACGUGGAGCGCAUUCUCCGACAAAAGGCCCAUGAAGCCCGGAUGGCCGAGGAUCAACGCCAGAAACAGAUGGAAGAGGAGAGGCGGAUCUUGAAAGAAAGGGAAGCGGCAUGGGCUGAGGCUCAAGCUCAGCGAGCUCAAGAAGAAAGGCCUGAACCAAAGCCACAGGCCCCUAUGCCUGGUGUCUUCCCCGAGUCACCCAAUGGAAAAACCUCGGUCGAUGAAACACAUGCUGCACCCACUCAGUCUGCUAUACCUGAGAGGACCCCUCGCGGCUUAUUCGCGAAUCUGUCAAAGCGAUUCGGCUUGGAGAAGAACCAAUCUUCUUCGACGGCUGAGCAGUCACGCUCUUUGCUUCCUGAGACUUCCACGCCUCCGCCACCACCUUAUUCCGCCUCGGAUUCUCAGAACAAGCGUCCAGAACAGCCAGUGUCUGUUAGUUCUCCGCACCGAUUGAACCAGGAACUGCUUUCCGCUGUCCAGGCUUGUCGGCCACACGGAUCCUCCGACAUGUACAGCCGUCCCGAGACGAACCAAAUCUCGGAGAGCAAAUCUUACUGUGAUGAGAAACCCAGUCACGAUCUGGAGUUUGUCGCUACUCUUCCUAGUGGAGUCAAUGUAUUGUUUGUCCGGACCAUCACCGAUCGAUCUGCCUUCCUUGCAAACAACCGAACCGGUAUCAACCUAUUCGCAUCGGUUCUUUUGGAUUGCGGCUCCAUCUUCUCAAUGCGUGCCGACAGCUUAAGUAUCUUUUACGAUCCUGGUGGCAAGACCAUUGCCUUCAAUCGAGCGGGCAGCAUCUUCUGCAAUUACUUCUACUUCCAGCAGUUGCAGGAGCAAUCCCUCCUCCAGAGCGCGAACCCCGACCGUACUGAUGCGAUUGUCUACUGGUGGGUGAUUCUGUGUCACGAAUUGGCUCACAAUCUUGUGGGUGAUCAUAGCUCUGCGCAUAGCUACUACACCGAGGGCUUUGUGGCUCAAUAUUUCCCCAGAGUGGCUGCUAAGCUCGCCACGCUUCCGCAGCAUCAGCAGCAGCAACAGCAGCAGCAGUAG